AGUCGAUAUACUUGCUUUUUUUCCUUUUUUUGCCAGAUUACUAUAAUAUGAUUAUUUUUGGCUUCUCUAAACUAGGUGAUUAUGGGUCAUACUAAAACGUCUGCUUUUGCAACAGUGUCUGAUUCAGGGGAGUCAGGCUCUUUUCUUUCUACUAUUGUCUACUAUUUAACAUGCUGUUUCUAUCCCACUAUUAAUUUAGAUCAUCAACUACCGGCACACAGUGUCUCCUUGGUUGAUGUAAACCGAAAAUUGAAGAAAAGGAAUUCAGUGGACAUGUUUUUUGAUAUGUUUGAGUAUGAAGAAACCAACUAUCAAAAAAAUAAUAAGAAAAGCAAUAGCAAUAAGAAAACUAAGAUAAACGAAACAUCGGAUUAUCAUAAUGAAUUAGAAUGCUUGCUAAACAACCUUCCUGAAUACUAUAAUGACAUAUAUAACAACAAUAUUCAAGAGUUUUUCAAGUUCAAUGUGGAUGGUACAUAUUUAAAUAACAAUAUUAAUAAUGAUGACAACUACAACACAUUUCAAUCUUUUUUACUUCAGCCAUCGAAUGAUUACACUGAUGAAAUACCGGAUUCGAAUUUAUUUGUGUCUUCAUCAAAACUACAUAGUUCGCUCUUUGAUAAUAAUGAUAAUAAUAAUAAUAAUAAUAAUAAUAAUAAUAAUAAUAAUAAUAAAAGAAUGGUCGGACACAAUAUUAUUAUGAAACUUUUCAGCAAAUUUUCAAGUUUUGGUAAUAAAAAACCAGAAAAUGUUCAUCCUCAUUACCAACCUUUAUUGAAUUAUCCCAGGGAAAUGGAGGAGAUUGACCAAAAUCAUUCUUUAAUCUUGAACCGCAAGAAUUACAGUUCGAAUGACAACAAGUAUCUUGAUUUUGAUGACGAACAUAAUGAAAACGAAAAUGAAAAUGAUGCAUAUAGUGUUUCACACGCUAACCAAAAUAGUACUUACACUUCAUCAAUAAAAACGGAAACAGUUGAUUUUUGGUUUUUUGAAGACAAUAGUUCUUUGUACAAGCAAAAUCUAUACGAUGCACAAUUGGUCGAGGAUUCCAAUUUUGACAGCUUGUUAGUUCUUGACAAUGAAAACACAAACAUGAACAAAGAUAUGACUCCGAACUAUUAUAGUGUUAAUGAUAGCCAGAGCUCUAAUCUGAAUCAGAACAGUUCUCAGUAUAAUUUUUUUGACCGCUAUGGAGGCACAAUGAAAGAAACGGAUAACCCAAAUAAAAGCACAUUUGCAACUAAUAGUGUCCCUACGAACAGGAAGGAUAAUAACAAUAGCUCGAAUAGGCGCAUCAAUGAACACCAUCUCAACCUUUCAAAUGAGGUUUAAUCUUUUUUUUUAAAAAUUGAUAAUCAUCACUGUAUUAUAACUCAUUAAUUUUUUUUACUCUAAUUUUCACAUAACAUUUUCUUUUGGCUCAAUUUUUACUUUUGGUUUCGGUUUUUAAUAAGUUUUUUUUUGAUUUUUUGUUAAUAGUAUUCCACUUUAGUCAUCCAACUCACUAUUUUUUACUCACAGUUUAUACUCUUUGAUUGCAAGCAGGUGUCUGUAG